CCAUUGUACCUUCCUGCCUUUCAGGCCCCAACUUUUAAACUCCGCGACUCUGGUCCACCACUCCGCGAAGAUUUCAGGCUGUUGGGGGAGCUCGGAGAAGAGGAAGAGUGAAACCACAGCUGCAGCCAUGGCUGGGAAACCCGUGCUUUACUACUACCAUGCCCGUGGCAAAAUGGAGUGCAUCAGGUGGCUCCUGGCUGCAGCAGGGGUGGAGUUUGAAGAAAAGUUAAUGGAAACUUCAGAAGAUUUGGAAAAGUUAAUAAAAGAUGGGCGUUUGAUGUUUCAACAGCUGCCCAUGGUGGAGAUUGACGGGAUGACGCUGGUACAGAGCAGAGCCAUUCUCAACUACAUCGCCACCAAAUACAACCUCUAUGGGAAGGACGCGAAGGAGAGAGCCCUGAUCGACAUGUAUACAGAGGGGAUUAUAGAUCUCACUGAUAUGAUGCUGAAAGUGGUCACGUGUUUCCCAGACCAAAGAGAAGCCAAGAUCUCCUUGGCAAAAGACAAAGCCAAAAGCCGGUACCUGCCUGCCUUUGAAAGAGUCUUGAAGAGCCAUGGACAAGACUACCUUGUUGGCAACAGGCUGACCAGGGUGGACAUUCACCUGCUGGAAGUUCUCCUCUAUGUUGAAGAGCUUGACUCCAGCCUUCUGGACCCUUUCCCCCUGCUGAAGGCCCUAAAGAGCAGAAUCAGCAGCCUGCCCAAUGUGAAGAAGUUCCUGCAGCCUGGCAGCCAGAGAAAGCCUCCCUAUGAUGAGAAAAUCAUUGAAAAGGCAAAGAAGAUUUUUAAGAUUCAGCAAAGUUGAAUUGACAGAGGCCACAGACACCAGUCUUUGAUGUUUUGCAAAAAUGAGGAGCAAGUGUGGAUGCUGGCUAUUGUGAGAUAAUAAGGAUGAACAAAUGCUAUAUGUGUCUCAUGUGUUCAAAUUAUUGACCUGGGAUUAUGUGCAUCACAUUUGAAGAGUUCAGCAAACAAUCAUCACUACAAAUAAAAACAAAA